AUGAGCACACCACCAAAGAGUGAAUCACCAAUCAUCACACCUGACGAACUAACUGAAGCUGAUGGGUUCGUCUUUGGAUUCCCAACAAGGUACGGCAUGAUGGCUGCUCAGCUCAAAGUCUUCUUGGACACUACCGGUGGACUCCGGAGAACUCAGUCACUUGCUGGUAAACCAGCUGGAUCUUCUACAGCAGUGGCUCUCAAGGUGGUAGCCAAGAAACCACUGCACACCGUGGUUAAUGACAUUUCCAGUCCACUAAAAGAUCAAUCUGCUCAUGUCUACAUCAUUUGUGAUGGAGGAAACAUUGAAGGAUUUGCUACCAAAAUGACUGAGCCUCAGCCUAAGUACUCUACCACAGAGAAGCAAGUUUUGGACAUGCUAUAA